AUGGCGUGGCGGUGCACUCUCCAUCUCCGAAAUCAUUUGAAUGCACUCAUCACUCACUUCCACUUGCAACCGAGAUUCACUUUCCACAACAAAAUGCCAGGCAAACACGUCGACCAGGCUCUGGAACAGCCUUGUCGCCGGUGUAAGGAUGUUUCAGCUGUCCUUGUCGUGCGCUCUGAGCCACUGUGCCGGGAGUGCUUUUUCAAAUAUGUCCAUACCAAGGCUAUCAAGCGGUUAGAGUCAUUCCGUGUCCGGAAUGCCAAUCCUAAUCACCAGCGUACUUUGCUUCUGCCGCUCUCUUUUGGUGUAUCCUCAGUGUCUCUCCUCCACAUCCUGGACCGUCAGCUCAAGACCCAAAUGAGCAAGACUGGACGCACCGGCUUUGCAAUCCACGUAGUUCAUAUCCAAAUCCCGGGUGACGAAUCCAUCAUCACAGUAGAUGAACUCUUAUCAAAAGCGAAAGAGGCGUAUCCCGAUUUCAAGUAUACGUCUCUAGCCUUGCACGAUGUAUUCCGCUUGACUAGCGAUGCAACACUUAAUGACCUCUGUCCCAAAACAAACCACAGCGAGACUGCUUCUCCCCCUGAAAAACUUGCUGCUUUGAUAAACUCGCUUACAUCGGCCACUGCGCGCGCUGAUGUCUUGUCCACACUUAGCACGAGGCUGACUGUGGAACACGCCAAAACGAGCGGCUGUGAAGGAAUCCUGUGGGGAGACACCACAACAAAACUAGCCGAAAAGACCUUGUCUGAAACCGCCAAAGGGCGAGGUUUUUCUUUGCCGUGGCAGAUCUCUGACGGCGAAUCUCCACAUGGUGUUACCUUCAACUACCCUAUGCGGGAUGUACUCAAGAAAGAGCUCGUUUCGUACGUGGAUCUGGUUGGGAGUCCAGUAUCUGACUUGAUAUGUGAGCCAUCCGCCAUCAGGCAAGCGUCGAUGAGCUCAAAGAACACGACUAUCGACGACUUGAUGAGCAAAUAUUUUGAAGAGGUCGAGACAAACUUUCCAAGUAUCGUCUCCAAUGUCGUUCGAACUACCGGGAAACUAGAGGCUGUGUCCGCACCUGCAUCUGCGCCUCGCUGUGAUCUCUGCAGCAUGCCAGUUUCCGACGGUCGAUUUGGGAUACAUGGCUGGGGAGGUGACCAGCAAGAGAGUGCAGAAAGAAUCGCGAUCGCAAGCGGUCCCCAGCUGUGUUAUGGCUGCAGCAGAUCCAUUCCUCAGCCUUCUAAAUGA